UAUCGAGAAGGAAAUCAAACGCUCAUGAGAGGCUGCUGCAGCAGAUAGACAGAUAGGCUGCAUGAUGAGAACGGAAGAUCAAUCCCACGAAACGUAUCUCUGUUCAUGAUAGCGGACUGCGAUUUGUAUCAAUAAAUAUACAAGAAGCUGCACAUGACGAAAGGACAAAGAGUAGAAAUUCGGAAUCUCGUUAAUUUUUCGGAGUGCAUGUGCAGGGAUAUUUUUCAAAUAGUGGGGGAAACAUAUUUGGAAGGAUCGUAGCCGCCUGUAUUAAAGGUAGACGAUUGAACUCGCCGACCACCAGCAUCUGCGAGAAGUGAUAAUGAGUAGAAAAUCGAACGUCAAGCUGACUAUCAGCGUAGCAGGCGGAGGAGGUCCGAGUAGCAUCUACCGCGAUCCGAGCUAUCUAGACUGGGUACCAAACAGCCCGAGUGAGUCCGACUCUCCCUCGCCAUCUCCAAAAGGAGGGGGGAAAAAGUUCUUACGAGUUGGAUUUAUGGAUAUGGAAGAGAGUAGUGACAAUAAUUACAACAAAACAAAGAGUGAUGUGGAAAGUGAUAUAAACCGACUGUCAGGCAAAGGAUCCAGGAGUAAAAGAUUUGUAGAACCAAGGAUGUCGUUGUUAGGGAAACCGUUAAAUUAUCGUCAACACAGAAAAGAUGCACGGAUGCGGAGAUUGCAAGCAAAAAUUUACAAUUUCUUGGAAAGACCAAAACAGUUUUUAUCUGUUUUGUAUCAUAUACUUAUGUUUCUCGCCAUUCUGUCAUGUCUGAUCCUAAGUGUCUUAGCUACCAUCGAGGAACUCAACGAAGAAUUCAUCACUCAGAUCGUCUUGUAUAUUGAACCAAUUAUGUUGGUGUGGCUGAUUGCGGAAUUCGGGGUGCGGAUCUGGGCUGCGGGGUGUCGGUCCAGGUACCAGGCGUGGAGCGGAAGGUUAAGAUUCAUGAGGCGCCCUCUAUGCAUUGUUGAUAUGGUUGUGAUAGUUUCCAGUGUCUUUGUGCUCGUACUCGGGGCGGGAAAUCCCGUGUUUGCCGCCUCCACUCUCAGGGGUCUUCGAUUCUUCCAAAUUCUACGGAUGGUCCGAAUGGAUAGACGUGGCGGAUCCUGGAAACUCCUUGGGUCGGUGGUGUGGGCCCAUAGACAGGAGUUACUUACAACGUUGUACAUUGGACUUCUUGGCCUGCUCCUUUUUUCAUUCCUGGUCUAUCUCGCCGAGAAGGACGCUACCAGGCCGAAGUUCAAGAGUUACGCCGACGCCCUAUGGUGGGGGGUUAUCACACUGUGUACAGUGGGAUAUGGUGACGUAGUUCCGACCACCUGGGCGGGAAAACUCAUUGCGGCAUUUUCUGCCAUUUUAGGAAUUUCAUUCUUUGCCCUUCCCGCAGGAAUAUUGGGUUCCGGUUUUGCGCUGAAGGUUCAACAACAACAGCGCCAGAAACACCUUAUCCGGCGCCGCGUGCCAGCCGCUCAGCUUAUCCAGUGUCUGUGGCGCUGUUACGCCGCCGACGCCAACUCCAUGUCCGUGGCCACGUGGAAACCCCACAUGAUCCCUUGUCCAAGUCCUACGUCGGAUCGGCCAUUCAAAACGAACGCCUCUUUCGUGAGUCGCUUCUCCACGCGGCGCAGGGACCGGUCGUGUUCUAGUAACCAUUCAAGUGUGUCCAAUAACCCUCACUCCCCGCUCCUGCCCCGGAAGGACCAUAGCAGACGAGCCAACGGACCGGAAGUCCAUGAGGAGGGAAAUCUGGCCAUUAACAGAAGGAAACAGUACAGACAAGCAGGGAGUCAUUUAAGCUUGGCCACGGGAAUAGCUGAUCAUAAAGUUGACCAUCUCCCGAUCAGGAAGGAGAGUUCCUCGCCAUCUCUGUCCUACAGAGACCCGUAUGAAGAUGACUUUGAUGUUUCUCCAAAAAUGGUUCAAUUAACUGAAACUCACAAAACAGCUAUUAGGUCCUUGAGAAAAAUAAGAUACUUUGUUGCCAGAAGAAAAUUUAAGGAAGCUCUGCGACCUUAUGACGUCAAGGACGUCAUUGAACAAUAUUCAGCAGGUCACGUGGAUAUGCUGGGAAGAAUCAAAAGCCUUCAACAAAGACUUGACGUCAUCCUUGGAAAAGUUGGAAGUAAAAGGAAAGACGUCUACGACUCCAAACAGAGUCUGGCAUCAAGGAUAGUGAAAGUGGAAAGAUCGGUGGAAGAUAUUGAGUCAAAGUUGGAUUUACUCAUAGACUUGUAUAAAGAAGACAGAAAACCGUUAUUACAACAUUGCCAAGACUGUUCUCAACAGAACAACAUGCCAGUAGAGCAUAAUCAAACGGAAGUGACGUCAUGUCUAAAAAAUCCCAUCAUUCCUAAGCCAACAACCCCUCGUUCUAUUCUCUCUGACAAACACUGUAGUGAACCUACUAGUCCAACAAAUGCACGAACUCCCGAUAAAAAGAUGCAAAGAAAUUUAUCAGACCUCAGUCAACGAAUCAAAAAGCGUGUAACAUACAGACUGUUAUCUUUAAACGACCAAUCAUCGCUGGUAAAACAAAAUCCUUCAGGUCCGAAACGACAGAGAAGUGCAUCUGUGGACAGUGCAGAUACUGGGCUCUGUGACACUAAGAAUCACACCGAGGAAGUCUCGGAGAAUGAAGACCAACCGAUAAUAAUCAAAGAUCCGCCACCUCCAAAAAAGAAACUUUCCCGAUUAUAUGGUCAAAAAUGUACAAAUCAAAAUCCAGAAUGCACUGCGGAAUCUGAAGUACCGGUGGUGACUACGGUCACGUCAGAGGAAGUCAGAAUAGACCUCCUAAACAUAAAUCAUAUAGUUCCUGACAAUAUCGACUUGCAAAACUUUCCAGGGUAUAAACCAAAGGCAUAAAUACUUCACCUUUCCUGUCGAUAAUCUCCAGAUGUCAAUGUUGUUUAUUAUGAUAUUUACGUAAAUACCUAAAUUAUAUUGCAUCUAAGUGGCACACAUUUUUUAAUAAGAGUUAAAAUUCAAAAUUUUACUUUCACACCAAUUAUUGGUAUGAAAUACAAGAGUUUAUUCGUAAGAAAGUCUUAGUCCCAGUUUUGAGGAUUUUCAAGAUACAUAUAGAUACAUUCAGUGUUCUACAGUUUCUGUUUACUUUUUAUACCAGAUAAAAAAAUUAUGAAGUUUUCAAACUCAAUACUUUCCUACCACAUACAAUAAAUUACAAUGUAUAUCCAUUAGAGUGUUUUCUUAGUUUAUAUCUGGCUUUAUUUCAUCAAAGAUUUAAAAUAUGUUGACUCUUGUUGUGCGAUAUUUGAUGGUCAGUUUUAUAAAACAAGACAUUCCUCAACUUGUUACGGAUUAUAAAUUAUAGCUUUAUGAAAUCUAUAAAAACUGCAUUUUGCGAAGAAAAUCUUGCAUACCUGCUCAAAUAUUUUCAUUCUUAAAAUUUGAUAUAACUACAUUGUAGUAAUUUUUGGCAUUUUGUUAUUUUUUUAUUUGUUUUCUGAAAAAUAUUUUAUAAAUGAGAACUUUAUAAAAUUAUUGUUAUUAAAUACUGGUUAAUUUUAUCCACAUUGUAUUUGGGAUAUAUAAAGUU